CUUGAGGAGAAGGCCACAGGCAUAGAUCCUUCUCUCGUAAUCGAAGCUUGUCGCCGGGCAAUGUCCUUGAUUGGCAACGCAUCGCAUUGUGCUCUAGUAGAUCGAAGAAAGGGCCUAUUGGCCAAAGUUUCGCCAGAUUGCUUGGACUUAGUCGAUGAUCCAGAGCUAUUCGGCCCCGGUUCCUCCGAACUGUUCGGGAAAAAGUUUAAAAAAGCCAUUCUUAAGGAUUUAAAACUGUCGAAAGAGAUGGACAGUUUGAUGAGUGGCGGUCACCAUGGCAACGGCAAAAACAACUAUAAACCGUUCAAGCCUUUUCGUCAGCAGCCCGGGAAAGGCCCGGGCUACAAUCCCCGGUCAUGGGACCAAAGCACGGGUUUCAACUCCCGAUCGUGGAAUCAACCGAGCCAGUGCCGCGGGGGAUUUUCUCGCAGAGGGAAAUCCAACUUCCCAAGUCGGGGGAAACAACACUAA